AUUGUGUAUUAAUACUCGAAAAGAAUUCUAUCAAUUCAUAUAUUUCAGUAGUAGAUUUGUGUGUGCUGUAAGUUUUUUAUAAGUUAUUAGAAAGCCUUCAAUAUAUCGCUCCUAAGAGAACUACUCCGUAGACUCAUGGAAGAGAAUGCGGCAGACAGUGACAGUGACCACCAUGAGUCUGAAUCAGAGGAGAUGGCCCUAGUGGGUGUAGAAGAUGGUGAAGCCGGGAUGGUAGUGAUGGCUGUGGGGGAUGGUGGUGCUAUGGAGGAUGGGGGGGGCAUGGAGCCCGACGGGGGAGGUGAUAACGAGGAAGUUCAGGAGUUUGACAUCAGCCUGCCAGCAACACACUCGUAUCUGGGUACAGACUUGGAGCAGCUGGGCGGGCGGCGCGUGCUCGAGGCGGGCUGGAGGGGCCACGUGCCUGGCAUGGCACAUCACGGAACCGUGUUCCCUGGUGAAACAGUUCCGAUGCUGCUGUCGCCUGAGCCCCUCCGGGAUGUGAUUCUUCAGGAGCGGAUGUUCUGUCUGCUCUGUCCAGACGAGUCCGGCACGGAGGUGUCGGGGCUGGGCGUGCUGUGCGAGGUGCUGGCCGGGGCCGCGGCGGCGGGCGUGGUGGCGCGCGCCGCGCACCGCGUGCGGCUGCGGCGCCCGCGCGCCCGCAGCGGCCACGCCUUCAGGAAUAUGCAGAUGUUGGAAGUGGAGGUGCUCCCGGAGCUGGCGCCGGGCGACCCGCUGCGGCUCGCGCGGCUCGCCUCGCUCGACCCGCUGAGGCGGCCGCAGGAUACCAGGCAGCAGCGAGUCGUGCGGCGCAUGGACGCCGCCACGUCGCCGUGGCCGGCGUUCGUGUGGCAAAUCUUCGACUACCGCCGGCUGCGCGCGCGCCUCAGCGACCACUUUGCCACGCUCAGCCUUGAGGACAAGAUGCCGCUGGACGCCGUGUCGCUGUCGUUCUGGGUGGCGUCCAACCUGACGCUGUCGGCGCGCGAUCGCAACGCGUUGUUCGCCGUCGACAACGCGCUACUCCGGUUAAGCCUCGCCCUACGCUUCAUAGACAAGUCGAAGGCUUUGUGCUGCGGCACGUGCGGCGCGGAGCUGUCGCGCCGCACGCACAUGUUCGCCAUGUCCAGCGACGGCGUGCACGCCAACUAUACUAAUUAUGGCGGCUUCAUGCACGACGUGGUGACGGUCCGCACGGCGCACGACACGCUGCUGGGCCCGCCGAGCGCCGAGUACUCGUGGUUCCCCGGCUACACGUGGCGCGUGGCGCAGUGCGGCGCGUGCGGCACGCACGUGGGCUGGAGGUUCGACGCGAUGAAGCGCAAGCUCCGGCCGGCGCAGUUCUUCGCGCUGUGUCGCAACGUGGUGAUGCCGCGCGCCGAGCGGGACCGCGCCGACGCCGACGCCGACGACGACGCCGACGCCGUUUAA